AUGUCUUCAAGCAGCAUGGCUGUCCACAAAAUGAAGACCCUUGGCAUGACCUCAAUGAAAUCUACGAGACCUUUUUGCCGACUGUCAACAUCCAAGAUUAGACAAGACCACAAAUAUACGGUCAUCCAAUCUCGUUCAGAAUUUUAUAUUAAAUUUAUACGACAAAGAAGAGGUGUAGUCCAUGCUCUGUCUGUGAAAACUGCUCUUGAAGCUAUAUGUGGUGGACAGCUUGGCGAUAAAUACAAAUAUUUUUAUGAAGAAAUCAGUGAUCCCAGCACCUUUAUUGACUGCACUGUGCUGUCCAGUUUUCUUGUGGCUCUCAUGCCGAGUCCUGAUUUAAUUCAUGAAGGAAUUGCAUAUGGCGGUUUAAACUCAAUUCCUACUUUAGAAAGUUGUCUUCAAAUGAGUGAUUGUAAAUAUGAAUCUGGUAAGCAUGAAGCCAAAUGUAGCAUCUGCAAAGAUUUUCCAAUUAUUGGAUUCCGCAAUCGGUGCCUUAAGUGUUUCAAAAUUGAUAUGUGUCAACAAUGUAUCUUCAACGGUAAAACUAAAAGCAAACACAAACUGAUGGAAUUUUGUGCUGUUGUCAGCACCAAACAAGAUAUGAAAGCAUUCCUAAUUACUGUGAGAAACAACUUGAGUAAAAAACACAGGUACAGACGUCGAGUAAAGUACCUACCUGUAGAUAAUUGCAACAGCAGUAUUGGAGGUGACAGUGACACAAUGUCCACUGCACCAACUCGGAGAUCUACAAUGUACGAAGAACAUUGUGAAAUGGAACAUCCAACCAGAGUAAAGCAAAUGUGCUCAAAAUCUUUACAAACUGUUAAUUUGAUGGUAACAGUUAGUGUCCAUAAUAAGAAAAACCGUGCACCAUAUCCAACAGAAAUGGUAGCUUUGCAACAGGUACAGGAUCUCUAG